AGGAUUUUGCCUAACUCGGACCUCUCAAUGAUAUCUAGAGACGGCGGGGUGAAUAUUGCCAGGCCCAACAAAAUCUGUCUGUUUUGAGAAACAGGUCCAACCGUUAAAAUAUAUAGAAAGCCAUCGUACAUAUCCAUGGAAAUUCCUAUAAAAUUGUCCGAACAACAGACAUUAUUAUUGUUCAUUCAUGUCCUAAAAACUGCCACAACCACCAGACAUCCGAAAUCGAAGCAGCCAUCUUAGAUCACCACGAAAAACUUCUCAUUUUCUUCACUCUCUGUUUUUUUUUUCUCUCUCCAAAGAAACUCCCAAAAAUUUUUUCUAGCUGUGCACCAGCCUGUUUUCCUGCCGGUUGGGAGUAGGGGAGAGAAAUCAACUCUUCUUCUCAAUCCAUUACCCCUACCGACUCCCAAUUAUGCCUUUCCCUUGGGUUUAUGGGUUAUUUCCCUUUCUUCCAACUUUUGUUCCUACUAUCACCGCAGCCGCCACCACACCCUUCAGCUAUUUUCUAACAAUUUCCGCCAUUACCCUUAUCAUCAUCUUUUAUAGCCAACGUGUGCCAUGUUCUUUAUUCCUGCUUUACCAUUCAUUGACUCGGCCAUCGAUUUUGCCACCAUCUCCUUCAUUGCUAUCCUCCUCUUCCUCUCUCUUUUCUCUAUUUGCUUCAUAUUUCACCUCCGUUUUAAAUCCCGAAGAUGCCGUCAUUUGCAGAAUUUCAACUCUCUCUGGACCUUCCGAUUCCUUUUUGUCUUCUUCAUCACGUCCUGGGCCCUGACCGAACUGCUGCGCCUACCCUAUUUCCGUAGAAGCUAUUUUUAUCCUCUCUUGCCACAGCUAACUUUGCCACAACGAGCCAACCUCUGCAAAGUCCACCUCGUUCUUUCUUUAGGGUUCUUCGAGCCUGGUUUCCUAGUAACCCUACUUUUCUUGCUCGAAGUCUCCGUCAAGAAAACACACCCAAGAAGCUUCUUCAGUGUUUUCUUUGUCUUGGACUCGUGUCUUCCAAUUUUCCUUUUACAAGUUUACUUUGUGUUCUUUCAGGGUCGGGAGAUACGUUUGCCAGAACUUUUUCAUAGGAGUUGGUUCCUCUGCUGGAACAGCCAUGACCAUAACACGGUUUUGUGUGCGUACCCUUUGCUAAGCACUAUCUUGUUCGGCGUUUUUGGAGCCGUCUUUACGUUGUCAUUCUUAUUUUCAUUCUGGAGAGUUGUCUCUCAUGUAAUCAACAAGGCCCUUAGGGUUCGAAUCUUUGCCCUCGCUUUGGCAGUCAUCAUAGGUUUGCCAUUGCAGAUCCUGUUUAUGGGGUUGUCUGUUUUUUGGACACCAGACAAGACCGCUUUCGAUGGAAUAGCUCUAAUUGUGUUCCUUACCACAUUCACGUGCGCCGUGGUUGGAGAGGGUAUUUUGGUGAUUAAACCGAUAGCGGACUCCUUGGCCGCCAGAGGAGGAGAAGGAGGAGAGAGUUGCAGGGUGAAUAGUCACGGUGAAAUGUCGUCAUUGCCAGGGUCUAUGCAGGAAGGGAAUGUUGUGUAAGGCAAUAGGCUACCGCCUGACUCCCUGAUUAUGGGCAUAAUAAUGGUGGAUUUCGAUGGUGGUAGGAGGCAUUUUGGUAAAUUUAAAAAGAUCAAAUCAUCAGGCUGAGAAGAAUCCGUAAUGCAAAUAUUUUGAAGCAGUGAUUUUCAAAGUUACAUGUAUGUGUUGGAUAAAUUGUUUUCCUCUUUGAUUCAAUC